AUGGAGUCGUUCAGAGUGCGACCUCGCUUGUUAUCAGCGUUUCUGGCCUGGACAGUACUGUGUCAGCUCGGCGACGGUCAGUUGGCUCCGGACGCCUCGGGCCUGCCCGGAGCUAUUCGCCUUCCUCUUAGCCAAGGAGCUCGCAUCGAAUCACCGCCGACGCCGCUUGAGCGCAGUCACGGGGGGAGGCUGAGUCGUCGCUGGCGGAGAGCAGUGACAGCCAGCGGUAUCAGCUUUGUGGACAUGGUCGAUAACCUGCGUGGAAAGUCCGGGCAGGGCUACUACGUGGAGAUGGCGGUGGGCUCUCCUCCGCAAAAACUGAACAUCCUGGUGGACACAGGAAGCAGCAACUUUGCCGUUGGAGCAGCUUCUCAUCCAUUCUUGGGCAGAUACUACCACCGUUCACUCUCGACUUCUUACCAUGACCUUGGGAGGAGCGUGUAUGUUCCAUAUACCCAGGGUCGAUGGGAAGGCGAGUUGGGUACAGAUGUAGUCUCUGUUCCUCAUGGUCCUAAUGCCACCCUCCGAGCCAACAUCGCCGCAAUCACCCAAUCUGAUCGCUUUUUCAUCAACGGAUCCAACUGGGAAGGAAUCCUUGGACUGGCCUAUGCUGACAUAGCACGGCCUGAUGAGAAAUUGGAGCCUUUUUUUGACUCCCUGGUUCGCCAGAUGCCUGUUCCCAAUCUCUUCUCUCUUCAGCUUUGUGGGGCUGGCUUUACCCAAAAGGACUCACUGGGCAGUUCUUUGGUUGGCGGAAGCAUGAUCAUUGGAGGCAUAGACACAUCCCUCUAUGUGGGGAAGCUUUGGUAUACUCCGAUCCGUAGGGAGUGGUACUAUGAGGUCAUCAUUGUGCGUAUUGAGGUGAAUGGACAGGACCUGAACAUGGACUGUAAGGAGUACAACUAUGAUAAGAGCAUUGUGGACAGUGGCACCACCAACCUUCGACUGCCCAGAAAAGUUUUCCAGGCUGCUGUCAAGGCUAUUGAAGCAGCUUCUUCAACAGAACAGUUUCCACCUGAGUUCUGGGUAGGCGAACAACUGGUGUGUUGGCAGGCGGGUACUACACCUUGGCAUAUCUUCCCAGUCAUCUCCCUCUACCUAAUGAGUGAAAACCGUAACCAGUCCUUUAGAAUCUCCAUCCUGCCCCAGCAAUACCUGCGGCCAGUUGAGGAUGUAGCUUCUGCUCAGGAAGACUGCUAUAAGUUUGCAGUGUCCCCAUCUAGUACUGGUACAGUGAUGGGGGCAGUCAUCAUGGAAGGCUUCUACGUGGUUUUUGAUCGAGAGAAGAGCCGAAUUGGUUUUGCUGUGAGCACAUGCCACGUCCAUGACAAUCUUCGCACAGCUUCUGUGGAAGGGCCAUUCUACGGUAUCGACCUGGAGGACUGUGGCUACAACAUCCCCCAGACAGACGAGUCCACUCUUAUGACUAUUGCAUACAUAAUGGCGGGUAUCUGUGCUCUAUUCAUGCUGCCACUGUGUCUCAUGGUGUGCCAGUGGCGCUUUGCUCGCUGCCUUCACCCGCAGGGGGACUUCUCUGAUGACAUAUCACUUCUUAAGUGA